GGUGCGGCUGGGUGUGUUAUAUUUCGUUCGUAACGGUGAAUUGUUUCUUUGUUUCUUCAGGCAUUUGAUUGGUUCUGACAAAGACAAAAUAGAAAGAAGAAAAGAAAAAGAAAAGCGGAGAAUUUUGUGACGUUUAGGGUUUCGCCAGAUGCUUGAAACAGUAACACGGAAUAUCAAUUAAAGAUGAUAAGUACACGUACCUCGCAGAACCAUUGACAGCAGAGUUAUCUAUCCAUUAACAUCGUCAACUGAUGUGGUUGGAAAUAUAAUACCAGAAAAUGAGCAAAAUUGCAUGGGAUUCCCCAAAUCAGAUAAUAUUCAAGCAACUUUCUACACCAAAAAGAAAUGUUACUUUGUGGAAUGAAGAAAAAGAAUUUGAAAAGGAAGGCAAGAAGCUUGAAGAACUUGAGGAGACAUGUAGGAAACUUUACAAGGAUUCUAAAAAGUGCUCAGAGACAGCUUCAAGUCUGAGUAAAUGUGAACGGAGAAUCACACAAGAUUUAAUGGCCAGUACAUUAUGUAAAUCAGAAUCAAAAUUAAUGCAUCACUGUGAAGAGUGGGAUAAUUCAAUUGUUAAAUUGAACCUUCAUAUGCAAGAAAUGAAUUCCAACAUCCAAAAGACGCUAGUGGAACCCGUCAAAAAGUUUAGUAGUAUAUUCCCCAGUCUUCAUGCAGCUGAAAAAAAGCGGGAACAAGCUUUGGAGGAAUACAAAAGGUGUGAAGCUAAGGUCAAAAAGUACCAAGAACGUGAACGUACUGGAAACAAUAUUGUUAAGCUAAAUCAGAGCCAGAAAUCCUUGACGCCAGCCAAAGAAGAGUUCUAUGAACUACACACAAUCUUAAUGGAAGAUAUGCCUAAACUAUAUGAUCUCCGAAUUAGUUACUAUCAACCAUGUAUUGAAGCAUUAAUCAAAUCUCAGGUUGCCUACAACUCUGAAUGUUACAAAAUCUAUAGUGAGUUAGCUGGCCAUCUUGCCCCAGAGACAUACACUAGUGAAGAAUAUGGCAACAGAAUACAACAGAAACUUUCAGAUAUAAAGACAUUGUCCAUAGUUGACUGAUUAAUUACUUUAUAUUAAUUAAUAUUAAAUCAAAAGAGAUUUUAUAUGAGGGAAAAAAAUCAAAUACCUUUUUAUAUAAUGAAUGAAGUUUAUUCAUAUGAAAUCCACUGAAGAAAUCCAUUUUAAACAUUGGACUACUUUAAAUUUGGCAAACUACUAACUAUUGGAGUGACUCAAUAACAAAGAUUGUUCUACACAGUCAUUGGAAUAUUUUGUUGUUUCAUAAAUGUCAUCACAUUACUUUUAUCAUGAAAUUUCAUCCUGUGAAAUAUGAUACUGUAUUGUAGCGUAUGACUAAUUUAUGUGAAAUAUAUACCUCCGAUUGUGCCCCACAUGUGCCAGAUUGUGUAAUGCAUGCCCUAGAUUGUGAGAUGCAUGUCUCAGAUUGUUACUCAUGUGCUAAAUUGUGUAAUGCAUGUCCCAGAUUGUUACAUAUAUGCCAGAUUGCAAUUCAUGCUCCUUAUUGUGUGAUGCAUGCCCUUGAUUGUAAGAUGCAUAUCCUAGGUUGUAAAUGAAUGCCCUAGAGUGUGUGAUGAGAGUCCCAGAUUGUAGAGCACAUACCCCAGAUUCUGAAAUAUGUAUCCCAGAUUAUGAGAUGCAUGUCCCAGAUUGCGAAAUGCAGGUUCCAAGAUUGUAAAAUAUGUAUUCAUUGAUGAGAAAAAUAAAAUACUGACAUGUUAUCAGUGAUGGAUUUAUCUUGUAGUAAUUGCAGCACAUGUUGCAGGUCCUACUUUUUUAAGGAUUCAGAACUAAAUCUUUUAUUACUAUAGUACUAUACUGCCUUCAGCCUUUAUUAACCACUGGGUGUUUUAGGUUGAUCCAAUACUCACAAUACUUCCAAGAUCCCAAACAACUUUAAAUUAAACACAUUACAGAAGUCAAAUUAAAAGGCAAUUGUAAAUGUACA